AUGAGAGGAAAAUAUAUUUCUUUACUAGUGCUGAUUGCCUUAGCCUUCAAUGAAGUGGUUGCCAAGUCUUCAACACCUAAACUAAGAAGAAGUGAUUUCCCAGAAGAUUUCAUUUUUGGGGCCGCAACCUCUGCUUACCAAGUCGAAGGAGCUGCUCAUGAAGAUGGUAGAGGACCAAGUAUCUGGGAUACAUUCUCGGAAAAAUAUCCAGAGAAGAUACAAGAUGGUAGCAAUGGGUCGAUUGCAGAUGACUCUUACCGUCUUUACAAGGAUGAUGUGGCUUUGUUGCAUCAAAUCGGCUUCAAUGCCUACAGAUUCUCAAUCUCUUGGUCAAGAAUCUUGCCUCGUGGGAAUCUAAAAGGUGGAAUCAACCGUGCUGGUGUUAAGUAUUACAACAACUUGAUCAAUGAGCUUUUGUCAAAAGGAAUCAAGCCUUUUGUCACAAUUUUCCAUUGGGAUACACCACAAGGACUUGAAGAUGCUUACGGUGGGUUUCGUAGCGCAGAGAUUGUGAACGAUUUCCGCGAUUAUGCGGAUAUUUGCUUUGAGAGUUUUGGUGAUAGAGUGAAGCAUUGGAUGACACUGAACGAGCCGUUGACGGUGGUGCAACAAGGAUAUGUUCAAGGUGUAAUGGCUCCAGGAAGAUGCUCCAAAUUCACAAACCCUAACUGCACCGCCGGCGAUGGAUCCACCGAGCCUUACAUCGUUGGUCACAACCUCAUCCUCGCUCAUGGAGCAGCCGUCAAACUCUACAGAGAAAAAUACAAGGCGUCUCAAAACGGCCAAGUCGGAAUUGCUUUGAACGCUGGUUGGAACUUGCCCUAUACAGAAUCAGCCGAGGAUAGGUUAGCCGCGGCACGAGCCAUGGCCUUCACAUUCGACUACUUCAUGGAGCCGCUUGUGACCGGUAAGUACCCGGUCGACAUGGUCAACAACGUAAAAGACGGUCGGUUGCCAAAAUUCACCGCACAACAAUCAAAGAUGCUUCAAGGCUCAUAUGAUUUCAUUGGCAUCAACUAUUACUCAUCUUCUUACGCCAAAAACGUCCCUUGCUCCACCGAAAACGUUACGUUGUUCUCUGAUCCUUGUGCUAGCGUCACAGGUGAAAGAGAAGGAGUCCCCAUCGGUCCAAAGGCUGCAUCGGAUUGGCUUUUGAUAUAUCCAAAAGGGAUUCGUGAUCUUGUGCUCUAUGCAAAAUACAAGUUCAAGGAUCCGGUCAUGUACAUAACCGAAAAUGGUAGAGAUGAAGCUAGUAGAACCGGUCAAAUCUUACUUAAAGACGGCGAGAGAAUCGAGUUUUACGCUAGACAUCUCGAGAUGGUUCGAGAGGCUAUCUCGGUUGGAGCAAAUGUGAAAGGAUUUUUCGCGUGGUCGUUGCUAGAUAACUAUGAAUGGGCAAAUGGUUACACGGUCCGGUUCGGGUUGGUUUACGUGGAUUUCAAGGAUGGAUGCAAGAGAUAUCUCAAGAAAUCGGCUCACUGGUUCAGAAAGUUGUUGCAUCAAAAGAAAAGCAAUUGA